GAAGUGAACGUUCAUAAUAUACUCUGUACAUGUCUGUAUGAAGUAACUUUUACUCACGUUGUAGCUGUGUUAGAGAGAAAAAACAUGACAGACAUUUUGAUGAAAAUUAAGAACCGCGUUGCCAAGAACAAGAAGGCGGCUUUUGGUCAGAGCAACUUGCAGAAAUGGGGUUUACGAGGAAUACAGCUGAGAGCCUACCAGCUGGAUGGGGUGCAGUGGUUGACUCAGUGCCUGAAUAACCAGCAGGGUUGCAUCUUAGGAGAUGAGAUGGGUCUGGGCAAAACCUGCCAGACGAUCUCUCUGCUGGUGUAUAUGUCCGGAGCUCUUGGGAAGAAAGGUCCGUUUCUGGUGCUGAGUCCACUUUCUGUACUAGAGAACUGGAGACAAGAGCUGGAAAGCUUUGCUCCAUCUCUGACUGUGCUGUGUUACAAAGGAGACAAAGAGAGACGGGCUGAGAUUCAGAGGGAAACAAACUUACAGGACUUCCAUGUUCUGCUCACCACUUAUGAGCUCUGCCUCAAAGAUGCUUCCUUUUUGAAAAGGUGGAGCUGGGAGGUGCUUGUUGUUGACGAAGCUCACAGACUGAAGAAUCAAGAUUCACUAUUGCACAAAACCCUGACAAAGUUCUCAGCUGGUUUCAGGGUCUUGCUGACAGGAACUCCCAUUCAGAACAACCUGCAGGAGCUCUACUCCCUGCUCAGCUUCAUUCAGCCCAGCAUCUUUACAGCAGAUGAUGUGGACAGCUUUGUCAACUCGUACUCUAAUGUACAAAAUCAGCCUACUCUGGCUGCUGAGCUCCAGAGCAUCCUGGAGCCUUUCCUUCUACGUAGAGUCAAGUCCGAGGUGGCCGUUGAUCUUCCCAAGAAGACGGAGCUGGUUGUGUACCAUGGCAUGUCAGCCCUGCAGAAGAAAUAUUACAAAGCCGUUCUGAUGAAGGAUCUAGAGGUUUUUGGAAAUGAGCAAGGGAACAAGAACCGGCUCCUGAACAUCUUGAUGAACCUGAGAAAGUGUGUUGACCAUCCCUACCUGUUUGACGGGGUGGAACCAGAGCCGUUUGAGAUGGGGGAGCAUCUCAUUGAAGCCAGCGGGAAACUUUGCCUACUGGACAGCAUGCUGGCCUUCCUGCAGAAAGGGGGCCACCGGGUUCUGCUGUUCUCUCAGAUGACGAGGAUGCUGGAUAUUCUUCAAGACUACAUGGAGUACAGAGGAUACAGUUAUGAGCGUUUGGAUGGGUCGGUCCGAGGAGAGGAAAGAAAUCUAGCGGUGAAGAACUUCAGCAGCAAAGAUAUCUUUGUGUUUCUACUCAGCACUAAAGCAGGGGGAGUGGGCAUGAACCUCACAGCAGCGGACACGGUCAUUUUUGUGGAUAGUGACUUCAACCCUCAGAACGACCUGCAGGCUGCGGCACGCUGCCAUCGGAUCGGUCAGAACAGGCCUGUGAAAGUGAUCCGCCUCCUGGCCAGAGACACUGUGGAGGAGAUCAUGUACUCUCGGGCUGUAUCCAAGUUGCAACUAACCAACACCGUGAUCGAAGAAGGGCGCUUCUCUUUGCUGGAUCAGGCUCAGUCAGCUGCUGCAGGACUUAAGCUGAGUGAGAUCCUGAAGUUCGGGAUAGAUAAGCUUUUGUCCUCAGAUGAGAGCUCUGUACAGGACGUAAAACUGGAGAAGAUCCUUGGCCUGUCACAUGACGGCCAGUGGAUGGACGAUGACUUCACUCCACUCGAAGAAGAGGAGGAAGAGGAGGAGAAUGGGUUUGAAACUGAAGGGCAGAACCACAUGUACUUCUUUGAGGGGAAAGACUACAGUAAGGACCCAAGUUCUGAUGAUCAGAAGAGCUUCGAUCGCUUGCUGGAGGAGCAGCUGGCCGAGUUUCAGAAAGCAGCUGGAGAGGGACGAGCUCUACGACACAAAGCUGGAGUUUCAAUGUCGGUGGUACUUGGAGUCCCAGCAAGGAAGAGAAAACCUCUCACUGAGGAAGAGCUGGAGGUCAGGCGGCAAAGGAGGGAGGAAGCUGCAGCAAAGAGAGCCAAAAUGCAAGAGGACGUGAAGAAGAAGCAGCAAGAGCAAAAAUACAAGAAAAAAAUGGCAUGGUGGGAGUCCUGUGGUUACAAGUCACGCUGCCUGCAGCCUGUGGACAGUGAAGGAGAGGAGGAAGAGGAGGAUGACAGCAGCACAUGCUCUACAGAGUCUAACACUACAGAUAUCUGCUAUGUACUUGGAGAUGUCACUCACCCGCAUGCCGCUCAGGGAGAUGCUAUCAUUGUCCAUUGCGUGGAUGACACAGGCCGGUGGGGCAGAGGAGGCCUGUUUACUGCACUGGAGGUGAGAUCAGAUGAACCACGUAAGCAGUACGAGUUAGCUGGCAAGAUGAAAGAUUUGGAGCUUGGAAACGUGCUGCUCUUCCCCAUUGAUGACAAGCAGUCUAGACUGGACGGCCAAGAUCAAUUAGCCCUGAUCGUAGCCCAGCAAAGAGACAAAGCCAACAACUUGUCUGGGAUUUUUCUUAGUGCUCUGGAUGAAGGUCUGAAGAAAAUUUAUGCAGCCGCUAAGAAAAACAAGGGAAGUGUUCAUCUUCCUCGUAUUGGCCACUCCACCAAAGGUUUUAACUGGUAUGGCACAGAGCGGCUCAUCAGAAAACACCUAGCUUCCAGAGGCAUUCCCACAUUUAUAUACUAUUACAGCAGAGCUGUCAAGAGCACAGCUACACCUCAAACAUCAACCUCUGCAACACCAAGAACUGCCCCUGAACCAGCAUCCAUCACCUCUGAUGAGCCAGCUGAUGACACAGAAGUAGAUGCCCCCGGCCCCUCAGCCAGUGUCUCCACAGAUCUACCUGGUUUCAUGAAUGGAGUUCAUGUAUUUUUCUACAAUGUUCCUGCAACAGAAAGGAAGAGACUGGCCCGCUACCUUGUCACGUAUGAUGGAGAUGAGGAGGACAUCAUGAGUGCAGAAGUCACACACAUCGUGGCAGAGGUAGAGAACAUCAUCCACACACAGGAGCUCAGGGACCUGGUGUGUCGGCACACCGAGGCUGUUCCUGUGCAGAUGGCCUGGCUGGAGUCCUGCUUCUCCAAACAACGAAAAGUCAACACUGCUGAGUUUCUACAUCUGCUCUGAUAGAAACCUGUUUUAAUUUAUGUUUUUUAUUCAUUUACCUGACAGGCUUGGAUGAACUUGUAGGACUGCUAAAUGUGGGAUCAUUUCAAAAUAGCUCAUUGGGGUUUAUAUACAUAUAUGCAUACAUGUGGAAUAAAAAUCAAAUAAAAGGGCCAUAAUUCUGCUGCUGUACUGGAGGUUGGUCCUGUCACACCACCGAUCUGCUGACAGAUGAUAGUAGGUGACGUUUUAUGGGUGAUCUCAAACAUGAUUCUUUAAACAUGGAAAUACAGGAA